GUGACCGUCGACGACUUCGGUCAAGGCAUGCGCGACGCUAUAGCUCCGGCGGUGGACCCAUACAGACGGUGAGUUUUCUGGCUGCGAUCCUGGGUGUUGUUCCAUUUUUGUUGCCAUCUGAUGUAAGUGGAAAAAAUUAUGGCGAGCUUUCUGCAAAUUCCAGAGUGCUCCUCCCUAAACGAUACGCCUUGGUCUUUCUUCUUCUGUUUUCUUGUUAAUAGAAAAAGCAAGUCAAAGUCAAAGUCAAAGUCGUGUUCUCUUUCAAUCAAAACACCUGCCUAAGUGGAGAUCACAGCAGUGGAUGGGUUUUCUUGUUUGAGCGCUCCUCAGGCCCGAAUUGAGUUUUGAGAGACAUUUCUGCAAUUCCCAGAUUUGGGAUUUCGUAUUCCUCUUCUCCUGAGGCUCUGCUCCAUCAAUCUCUUUUACUGCCUCUGUAUUGCUGCAAUACUCUCGAGAUGAAAAGAAGAGAACCCACUGGCCCAGAAGAUCCGAUGUACGGGGCGUCUUCCCCAUCGCCCUCUCCACAUGUAGGUGAUUCUGACUGCAGAGCCAAAAAGCCAAAAGGAAAUGACCACGAAGUAUUCUUGAGCUUCAGAGGGGAAGACACGCGCAAAGGCUUCACUGAUCAUCUCUAUAAUAGCCUUGCCAGUGCGGGAAUUUAUGUGUUUAGAGACGACAACGAGCUCCGUGUUGGUGAGAAGAUUGGUCCGGAGCUUCUCUGCAGUAUUACGCAGUCCAAGAUCUCCAUCCCAAUUAUCUCAGAGAACUAUGCUUCCAGCAGAUGGUGCCUUCGCGAGCUGGCUCAGAUGUUGAAGUGCAAGAGAAGCAGUGGGCAAAUAGUGCUGCCCAUAUUUUACAAAGUGAAGCCCUGCCAGUUGCGACGUCUUACGGGGAGUUUGGGAGAUGCUAUCAAUGCACAUAUAGAGAAUUUGGAUGAAACGGUUGUGAAGGAAUGGGAAGAGGCGCUUGAAGAAGUCAGUUCCUUGAAAGGAUGGGUAUCGGACAAUGUUGAUAAUGGGUGCAUUAUUCUCAACCAAAACUUUGGGCAUGAAGGGACAUUAGUUAAAAUUGUUGUCAGAAAAGUUGCGAGCGAGUUAAAAAGGCUCUUUCGGCUAAUUGUUCCGAACCAGUUGGUGGGAAUCGAUGAUCGUGUGGAAGAGGUAAUGAGCUUGAUAGAUCCUAAAUCCAAUGAUACAAGGAUUGUCGGGAUUUAUGGAAUGGGCGGCAUUGGUAAGACUACUCUUGCAAAGGUGUUAUACAACAAACUCUCCGGUGAUUUUGAGUGUCUUAGCUUUGUGGCAAAUAUUCGAGAAAUAUCUUGGCGCAAAGGUAUUGAAAGCCUACAAAAGCAGCUCAUUUACGAUAUACUGAGAAGUCCACAUGAUGUGUCGACUGUGGACGAGGGAAUUGGUGUCAUCAAAUGUCGUUUUACAAGUAAGAAAGUCCUAAUUCUUCUUGAUGAUGUUGAUGACAAGACUCACUUGAAUGCUUUGGUUGGAGAUGGUAGUUGGUUUAAAGCUGGAAGUAUAGUCAUCAUCACAACUAGAAACAAGAGCAUUCUUGAUGAGGCUGGUGUAGGCUACAUGUACCAACUCAACGAGUUGUCUUUAAAGCAAUCAUUGAUUUUGUUUAGUAGACAUGCAUUUCGGAAGGAUUCUCCUGAGAUUGAUUAUCAGGUUAACUCUCGUGAUGUCGUAUCUACUACCGGGGGGCUUCCAUUAGCCCUUGAAGUCAUAGGUUCAUUCUUAUGUGGAAAGACAAAAAAAGUAUGGAAAGAUACCUCAAAUAAAUUAAAGAAAGUGCUCGGGAAGAAAGUCCAAGAGACUUUGAGGAUAAGUUAUGAAGCAUUAGAUUUUGAGGUGCAACAGAUAUUCUUGGACAUUGCAUGUGUCUUUAUUGGAUCAUCCAAACAAAAUCCAACUUACAUGUGGGAUUCCUGUGAUUUUUUCCUAGAGAGUGGGAUUGAAGUAUUGUGUGUUAUGUCCCCGAUUAAAAUUGACAAAGACGGCAAGCUGAUGAUGCACGAUCAACUGAGAGACUUCGGAAGGGAAAUUGUCCGUCUAGAAAAUCAAAAGGAGCCUCAAGGCCGUAGCAGAUUGUGGAUUCAUGAGGAAGCCAUAGACGUGCUUGAGAGCAACAAGGGCACUAGUAACAUCGAGGCUCUUCGUCUAGACAAAUGUGGUUAUAGAAGAAGCUACACGGGUGAACUAUUUAAAGAACCGACCAGUUUGAGGUUCCUUCAAGUGAACGCUGCGAAUCUUGUUGGAGAUUUCCUGAACUUGCUUCCUCAAUUAAGAUGGCUUCAAUGGGAGGAGUGUCCCUUGGAUUUCGCAGCGGCCAACUUCCAUCCAAAGAAAUUAGUCGUGCUUGAUCCGUCGUGGAGUGGGAUUUCGGAGGACCGGGGAGGAUGGGGUCCAGUUAAGGUAAGAUGUAGCAGAGAAGGCAUAUCUCUUGUUGAUAGUCAUGUGUUGUUGAGAGUCCAAUCUCACCAAGUUCUCCUUUUCUCCUUUCUUUUUCUCGGAGAGGUUUAAUAUCCUUACUCGGAUUAAGGAUUUUUCUCUAAGUAUAAGAGGAAUUUGUAGGCACCUAAAUGUACGAUAAGCUUCUGUCCUUAAUAUGUUAACAAACAAUCAUGCUUAACACUAGACAUACUGAGAAAUAAAAACUUGUUUUAACUGUAUUAAUUACAAUCUUUUAGAAAUAUAACUACAAUAUUUGUGCCCAUCUUGAGUUUUUUUAAUCUGAAUGGUUUGUGGCUUCUAAGUGAAUCUCUCCCGAUGCAUGUCUUUUUAGCAAUUCUUGUUACAUCUGUACAUCAAUCUUCCUUCAUGAAAAAUGAAAAGUUGCAAUUAUUUAGGUAUAGUUUGGUAUGUUCAAAGAAGCACUCUUAACUGUUUUCGACCUGAAAUACUAUUUGAAUGGUCAUAGACAGGAUCAAUUGUUAUGGAAACAAAAGUAAACAUUAAUAUUUGAAA